AUUUAUAUUAAUAUCAACAAUCUUGGAAGUACUUUUACAAGUUUAAACAUUCUCAAAAUUGUAUACUUGAAAACUCUUCAAUCUCUAAAUUCAAGAAUUAAAAAAUUUUAAACAGUGUAUAAAUUUUAGAAAUUUUCUUUAGUGACGUUGUACUACAAACUAGUAUGUCUGAUCGUGAAUUGUUCUUGUUCCCUAUUACAUAUGUAUAAUACUUCAAAUUCUUUGUUUAUACUGUCUUGGUUAUACCAUACGAUUCAUCCUGUCGUUUUCAAUUUUUCUUUCAUAAAAGAAACAAUUUUGAUUCUUGACGAAUAAGAUAUAAUUUUUAUAAUGGAUAUCGUUCCACGUGCAUUGUAGAUGAAUGCAAUUGUGCAAUUUGUUUCGUCGGGAACUGUAUCUGAUAAAAGUUUAAUUAGUUUGAUGGGGUCAACAUGUCGGUGCAGAUCUGUUGCCGGGAUCAACGCAAAAUGGGACAAGUGAUUGAUCAGGUUAAGAUGCUCGCGAAUAAUCUGGAUGAAUUACGUUCCGAAAUCGACGCGUUAAAAAUUAAUUAUCUGAAAAAGGAUUCUGUGGGACAAAUUGAUAACACGAAAAAUAUGUUCAAAAAAUUUAAGAGGUACGUGAGGAAAAUCACGAGCAUAAACUCGAUGAAGAACGGACGAGCGGACGGUCAAGAGGCAUACUAUACUUGCUCUAAUACGGAUCCUCCAGUGCCUUCCUUGUUAAAUUACAUUUUUCGAAUUGGAAAACGAGAAGACAUGUGCCAAAUACCAACUAGAGUGAAAUAUUUAAGAAACGAAGGUAAUCAAACAGAAGUGAAAUUCGAGGAUCUAGAAAAUCUAAAAAGUGGAGAACAAUUCACGAAAUAUGGAGCAACAAAAAAUAAAAUAUUUCAGAAGGAAUGUUCAGAUAUCAGCUGCGAAUUAGAUUCUCGAGAAACUCCAUUUUCUUCGAAUAUCAAUCUCCCCUCUAAUUUACCGACGAAUGGAUCUAAAUCUUCACAAAAUAUGGAAACAUCAAAUAUCGAUAAACAAACCGCGUCCACUCAAACCACUUUACCUAAAUUGAAGAGAAACCGCAAAACAAUGAAAUUACAAUCCAAACAUCCGAACCUCUACUUGUCCAAGAUCAAAAAUGCUGUUAUCACCAAGAAAAUCAUAAAAAGCUCGAACGAAAGUACGUUUACAGUUUGCAGUAGCGAUUAUCCGAAAAAGUUCAACGAACAACGUUCGCGCGAUAAAAAGAGAAAAAAUAAUUAUACCGAAACAGUCGAUGGUAUCGACGAUAAACUUUCUGUGGAUAAAAUUAUGAAGAGAUUGAAAGAUGUUUCGUACGACAAUAGUACGCAAGGGUCUUUUUCGUCAGUGUCUGUGGAUUUAGAACUCAAUAUUUCUGAUAGCUCCAAUAAAAUCGAUGAAUUCACAGAACGUAGGAAACCAAGAACCUACGUGGUGCAUAAAAAGAAACGAGAAGAGGAUGAUUGGAAUCAUUUCGAGAAGAGUGUCAUCUACGUUGGACCUACCUCUGAUUUGACUCUCUCUUCAGACAGUUUUUUGGAUUAAAAUGAUUUUACUCGAACAAAUACUUCACGGUGAAAAUAUUUUCAAAUCGUUUAGUUUUGAAUAUAACACCGUGAAAAUAAACCCUCAUCUUGUUCAAAGCUUAAACAGUUUACAUUCUAUAAUACAUUUCAGUUUUAAAUAACAAAAUAACAUAACAUUUAGCGGACUGUUUUAUUUCAUUUUAUUCAUAUCGUUAUAUUUAUUACAUAUUAUAUAUAACUGUUGGUUAAUCAUUCUAAUACACCAAUAUCGUUACAGUCUUUUACAAGUUAAAUAAAAUACAUUUAUUUCGUCUCCAUCGUUUUUGAUAUCGAAUUAAAAUGAUUACAUAUGUACUAUUGGCAACAGUCUUUUAGAAAAUACAAUUAAAAAUACUGCCAUAAAAUUCUCUAUAACUGCAAUUUACACGAUUCUCUAAGAAAAUCAUCGAACGUCAAUUUCCU